AUGACAGCCAACAGUGCUUCCCUGCGUGGGAAGAACAGUAUGAGGAUUAGGAUUCUGCGCAGUGACCGCUAUCGACCCAUUCCCGUCAUGCCGCGAUAUACUGCAGAGAACCCGGCCCUGGGCUCGCACCCCGGCUUCAGCGUGAUGGGCCUGACAGCCACUCGGGCCGUCCUGCCGAGACCCAGCUGGGAGGCGUCCCUGCGUGGUUUUCAGUCCAACAGGCGCCGCCCCUUCUCCAGGAUGUUCAGCCGGAGGCGCUCCGGGCUGCUGAUGCUCGGCUUCUGGACGCUGAUGCUGAUGGGCUACUGCAUGAGACCCGGAUCGAGUAUUCCAAGAUCUACAGGAAACUAUGUUCUGCAUGACAUUGACGAUACUGCUGACUCAUCUCUCGGACAAGACUCUACAUGGAAAACUUUUCUAAGCUUCUUUUUCCCAUCGACAUGCAUUCCAAAGGAUAAUCAGGACAGUAAGACAUGCAAUGUGCAACAAACUCUUAACCAGAGUGAAUGCUUGAGAUACAAAUGCUGUUAUUCACCAUUUGGGACCGAUAACAACAACUGUUUGACUCCAUUUAAAGAUACACCUACACAGAUGUUCCGGAUGUUUGGACUUGGUAUGAUCGGCAUCAUCAUCCUGGGAUCUCUGCCCAUUUUUUGCUGCUCUUUUUGCCGCAGAAGCAAAUGGGCCAAUUCACUGCGAAGAAAGGGAAGUAUGAUUUUGAAGAAUUUGAAGAAAAAACAAAACAAACUGAAGCGUUUUUUUAAUAAGUAUAUAAUGCGUGAUGGUGGUGGAGGGGACAAUGGAAGGAAACAAGAGCCUGAAGAUAAUGCGUUAGACAAUGGAAGGCUAAAUAUAGCCUUAUGA